AUGGGCAGAGCAAUGCUGGCCAGGUUCAGGCUGGGGCUGCUGCUGCUGGCACUGCUCCUACCCACACAAAUUUAUUCCAAUCAAACAGCUGUUGUAGCAGUUUCAAGUAACUCCUCCCAGAGUACUUCAGCUGCCCUAAAUCCAGUUAAUACCACCGCCGAGGCAGUUGGUGGUGCCCUGCAGUCAACAGCCAGUCUCUUCGUGGUCUCACUCUCUCUUCUACAUCUCUACUGUUAAGAGACUCAGGCCAAGAAACAUCUGUACUUCCCCGUCUUCUAAACCCAAUCCGAACGGCAUCUGGAAGUCCAAUGUGGCAAGGAAAAAUAGGUCUUCAUCGAAUCUACUAAUUGCACACCUUUUAUUGACACAGAAAAUAUUGGUAAUCCCAAAUUUGAUUGGUUUGAAGAACAUGUGAGAGAUGAUGGAUGCCAAUAUUAAAUCUGCUGGAGUUUCAUGUACAAGAUGAACGAGUGGCAACAUCCAAAAUAGUUAAGACAUGAUUCCCUUGAAUGUGGCUUAAGAAAUAUGGACACUUAACACUACCUUGAAAAUAAGAAUAGAAAUAAAGGAUGUGAUUGUGGAAUGGAGA